ACAAUGGGCAAGACAUAUACCGGAAAGAGUUACAGCGCCAGGAGGAGACGAAUUCUUCAGAGAGUUAAUGAGCAUCUAACAGUAAUUGAAGAAGAGCAUGCUGCUGAAAAUGGAUUAGGUGUUACUGAUCAGGGCGCUACUAGGAAUGACCAUGAAGUUUUGUCAUCAACAACAACUGAAGAGUAUACUGCAGGCCCCUCUUUUGGGGAACAAUCGCGAGGUUAUGAUGCAUGUUCUGAAGAGCAGGCAUGCAAGGAAUCUGAUAUACAGCUCAGUAUGCCUUCAGCUGAGCAUGGGCAUGCACAGUUGAUGAGUCAUGAGCAGCAAAGCUCGCUAAAUCCAGGCACUGACAACAGAACUGGCCCUAGUCACAUCAGUGACAUUGAUGAGACCGAAGAUGGUCAGCAUGCAAAAAUGCUAAGAGAGUGGGCAAUGAAGCAUGGCAUCUCGCACAUGGCAGUUACUGACCUUCUGCAUAUCCUAUCCGAGGUACCUGUUCCAGGUAUACCAACAUCUGCCAGGACUCUGUUAAAGACUGAGCGAUGUAUAGAUGUCAAGAAGAAAGCAGGAGGUGAUUACUUUUAUUUUGGCAUAAAGGAAACUCUGCAAACCAUUGCAAAUCACCUUGAGCAUACAAGUAGCAGCAUGAGCACUCUUUCUCUUCAGCUGAACAUUGAUGGACUCCCAUUGUUUAGAAGCUCACGUACAUGUCUGUGGCCUAUCCUAUUCACUGUGAAGGAAUGGCAGAAAGAAGUGUUCAUGGCUGCAGUGUUCGGGGGAACUGAAAAACCAGCUUCCUUGACAGAGUUUCUGGCUGAUUUUGUGGAGGAGAUGAAAGUACUUGAAGCUAGUGGCAUUCAGGUUUCCAGCAGAAACUUCAAGGUUUUACUGACAUCAGUGGUUUGUGAUGCACCAGCUAGAGCAUUCUUGAAGUGUGUGAAAGGCCACAGUGGGUACCAUUCGUGUGAGAGAUGUGACCAAGCUGGUCGUCAUAUCCAGAACAGAAUGACUUUUCCUGAUAUGGGUGCAAAUGUUAGGAAUGAUCAUCUUUUCAAGCAGAUGCAAGAUGAAGAUCACCACACUGGCAUUUCACCACUAUCAGUGCUGAAUGUUGGGAUGGUUUCUUGUUUCCCUCUGGACUACAUGCAUUUGGUCUGCUUAGGGGUUAUGAGGAAGCUGGUAGCCCUGUGGCUGCAGGGUCCUUUACUCUGUAGGCUUCCUGGGCACGCAGUUAGAGAAAUAUCAGAACGCCUGAAAGGUCUGUAUGGAAGUGUGCCUCAGGACUUUGGACGACGACCAAGGUCAUUGAAUGAAUUCCGGAUGUGGAAGGCAGUGGAGUUCCGACAGAUUUUGCUGUACACCGGCCCAGUUGUGUUGAGUGGUGUCCUUCCAAAGAAAAAUUACCACCACUUUCUUCUUCUGUCUGUUGCCAUGCGCCUUCUCCUGAGUGAGAAGCCGACUGCGGAGGAGAUUGACUAUGCUGAGAAACUGCUACGCAUGUUUGUGGUGGAGUUCCCUGCAUUGUAUGGCAAAGAGAAUGUUGUUUACAAUGUGCAUUCCCUCAUUCAUAUCGCUGAUGAUGCCAGAAAGUUUGGGGGUUUAGAUGGCAUAUCUGCUUUUGUGUUUGAGAACUUCCUGAAGGACUUGAAGAAAUUGGUCAGGAAGCAGCAUCAGGUAGUUCCUCAGAUAGUGCGUCGGGUCCUCGAGGCACAACAGGUUGAUUCUUCACUAAAAGGGCUCGAGUCUAGUGUACAAGGUGAACACUUCAGUGGGCCAGUGCCAGACGAAUGCAAUGGGCACUACAGACAGUUCACAAAGUUGAACGGAAAAUUGGUACUCUCCAUCAAAGACAGGGACUGCUACAUUGAAUGCGAUGGAGGAAUUUUCAAGAUACUCAACAUCAUCCAGGACAAAUCGGGUGAGGUCAAGCUUGUGACCGAUCAGUUUGAAAAAGUGGGGGAUCAGUUCAGCUUCCCUUUGCCUUCAUCUAGUCUUGGCAUUGUUCAUGUCAGACAAGGAUCAAAGAGGAUGAAUGUUACUGACCUGAAGUCCAUCUCUCACAAGCUUUGGUUGAUGAAAGAUGCUCAUGGCGUUUCUAUCGUAGUUCCACUGCUUCAUAACGCCUAGAAAGUCAGAUUGCCAAUGCUGUUCUCCACUCCAUGGCAUCCAGUACAAGCCAUGUAUGCCAUCGUGGAGUUCGUGGGAGAGAACAGCACCGCUAUCAUCGCCCAAAGAUGGUUCGUGGACGCAGAGGAGACUUCUUGCUUUUGGCCUCCAAGGAAAGCUGAUGAGCAGGCUAGAAACCUUGCCCCGGCUUCACCUUCAUGGAACAAGCAUGACGUUAGGGUGCUUGGCAAAGCAGCAACCUAUGAGCGAGCCAGAGAAAAACUGACCCGAGCCGACGAAACUUCGGACCUGCAGACCGAGGACGAGGAAACUGCACGUAAACGGCGCCGGGUCCGGCACAGAGCUGUGUCGUCCAGCUCGGAGUCCGGGGAGGAAGAGGAGGUGAUGAUGCGGGCUCCUACGCCGCCGCCCGCUAUGCGCUGCACCAAGAGUGCGACAGCACGCCCGACCGUCCAGCCGAAACCGUCUGGCUCCAGCUCUGCGCCGAGCACCUCAAACGGGUCCGACUGUCGACCUUCCACGAACGGACAGAGCGGUGAAGACCAAUCUUCAGUUCGUGGACUAUUCGAACACUUGAUAACGAUGCUCGAGGACUACAAAGAGCGUCAAAAUGAGAUCCGCGAAACGCAGCAGGUCCAUGGCGCCCUGCUGCACAGCAUCCUGCGGCGGUUAAACGGCGGCGGCAGCGUCCCAGCCACGGCGGGAAGACUGCCGAGCGGAGCUGCCGGCCUGCCUCUGACCUCGAUGGACGAGUUCAGAAGCCUUGAAGAGAGGCUGGGUGCGGACGAAGAGUUCGUGCAAGCCAUGGUGCUGUACCUGGGCGACAAAGGCGGCAGCACCGUUGGCGAGUGUGUCCGCCGCGUCAUGGCCCAACUGAUGAGGAGCGGCCUUGGGCAGCGCUUCAAUAUGAAUGGGGCCCAGCGUCACGGAAAGACGGGCUUUAGAGCAACGAAGCUCUACACUGUCGUCUACAGGGCAGUCAAACAGAACCCGGCCUUGUCGGUCACCGAGAAAGAGAUCGCCAACGCCAUCGGCAAGUGGCUGGUGAACAGCCGAGACCGGGAAGGGUACAGGACGGCGCGCCAGGCCACCAACAGUAGCGGCGGUGGCAGCGGGGACGCCGACACCAGCAACGGCGGUGGCGGCGGCAACGGCGUCGAACAGAACGAUGUCGCUGACGAGGGCGGGGCGGUGUAGUGCAUCACCUAGUGUCUCGCGUGGAAUAUACGUUUAAAGGAAACUGUCGUAGUUGUUGAUGUAUGAAUGUACCAGAAGUGAAAGGAAGCGACGUAGUUUUAGUCCACAAAAGGACCUACAGCCAAUCAGUAGUUUACCAUGUAGUCCUUGCGUGGGACAGCUGACAAAGUUGCCUAUCGCGAUACCUGUUUGAUAUUCUUGUGGGCAGCACAUGGUUAUCAAAUGGGAUAGCCUGAUAUGGGAUGAAUGGAGCAGCCACGUGGCUACCACAGGGGAAGCCCAUAUCGACAGUUC